ACUUCUGUCUUUUGUUUGCAUCUUUACCAGAAAAAGUAAAAUCAGAAAAGCAUUGCAUGAUUUAUUUCUAACAUUUUCACCAGUUUUGUUUUAUUUUCACCAUGUAUUUAAUUCUCUUCUGUGGAGUUAAAGCGUGAGUUAGUUAUUAACAAUGACAAGGAGAAGCUGCAUCAGUGCACACGUUCUUUUGCAGGGAUUACCUCAGAUUAGGAAGCAAAACCUACUGCUGAUUGGUUGUGCUCAAACCAUGCGACUUAGACAGCUCAACAAGUUGCCUGCUUGGAAUUACACCUGUCCGACGAUGGGUCUCAGAGAGCUGAGGGCUGCCGGUGGCUGAGCGUCCUGAGCACAGCCUCUGUUAGGAUGUAAAUGUAGAGGAACUCGUAGAAUAGGGCACUGCCUGCACAGAGUCGUGAUGGUUCUUUAUCAAGGACCACGGCUCUUGGACUUCACAAAGACCCCUCCUCACCUGCAGUUCAACAAGUAUGUCCUGACUGGAUACCGGCCCGUGUCCACAGCCAGGGAAUGCCUCAGGAGCCUCUUCUACAUGCACAACGAGCUAGGGAACAUUUACACUCAUGGAAUCCCCUUCCUCCUCUUCUUGGUACUGCUGCCUUGCAGUAUCCCCUGGAUGGAGGUGGACAGCACCUGGAUAUGUGUGGCCCACUACCUGGCCUGCCUCUGCCCCACCAUCGGCUCAGUCCUCUAUCAUUUGUUUAUGAAUCACAUCGGAGGUCAGCAUGUCUACAACACUCUGCUCUCCCUGGACAUGCUUGGGGUCUGCCUCGUUAACACACUGGGAGCUCUUCCCAUUAUUUACAUCACCCUCCUCUGCUAUCCCACCGUCCAAAAGAUUGCCUUGUUGGCCUACAUCCUCCUGUCAGCCUACGGGAUCUACUGCGCCACCACGGCCCACACCAACUUCCUGCGACUUCGGGCUUUUGUCUGGCAGGCAUUGUUCCGCUUCAGCCUCUUCCUGUUCCGGGUUUACGGUAACGGGGCGGGCAGCCCAGACUCCCUGCGGCUCUUCGUCAUCAUGGACAGUCUGGCUGUACUGGGAGGGUUGGUCAACGUCGUCCAGAUCCCCGAGCGCUUCAGCCCCGGCCUGUUUGACAACUGGGGCAACAGCCACCAGAUCAUGCACGUCAUGGUGAUCUGCUCCAUUAUCUACCUGCACUGGGGCACCAUGGAGGAUUUAGCCUGGAUUAACAAUUUCCAGUGUCCUGUUGAGUGAUGCAGAAGUUGACUUGGUGGCUCUGACCCGGUCCGUUUCAAAAUGCACUUUAGUCCUAGUCGCUCAAACUCUUCAGCAGAAGUUCAUAAUGCCAGAGAA